UCAGCCUUGGAGUCUUAUCUUUGGCUCCUUCUUCCCUUCUCUUGAUACCCAUGAAACCCUUUUGGAGUUUGCACACUCCCUCUCCUCCCCUUCCCCCCACCCCCCUCACAAGUCAAAUCCCUCUUACACUUGAGACCCAUUACCCCUACAAAUACUAGCUCCUCUCUCUCUCUCUCUCUCUCUCUCUCUCUCUCCACUUAUACUGAAUCUACUCCAACCAAAAGCUGAAAAGCAAAACUAAACAAAAAUGGUGGUGGAAGGAAAGAGGUGCUGAGGAAUAUAUCUACAUAUUAUACAAUGGUGGAAGAGAGAGAAAAGAAAGUGAAGUUAGAGGUAGUGAAGUUAUUCUACAUAAACGACCACAGAGACUUACUGGUAGAGAUACUGAAGCGACUAGAUGGCCACUCCCUAGGGGUGGCAGCCUGUGUGUGCCGCCUCUGGAGAUCCCUCACUUGUAACGAUUGGCUUUGGGAGACUAUCUGCUUCCGCCACGUUUCACCAUCACCUUACGACGUUAGACCAGUGGUGAUGGCUCUUGGUGGGUAUCGCCGCCUCUACAUGGUCUGCCUCCGCCCACUCCUCACUCGCCUCUGCUCUACUCGUGACUCGGAGCGAUUUAGGAGUAAUAGUAACAGGGUUUGGACUAGGGACGAAUUGCAGCUAUCCCUGUCCCUCUUCUCCAUCGAUUACUACGAAAGGUUGGGCUCCUCCUCCUCUACGUCCACUUCCUCCCUUAUGUUCCUCUGCAAGGCGGUGAAUGUCUAAUGCUUCUUCCCGUGUUCGUUCAUGGCAAACUGGAGAAAGAAAGGGUUUUGAUAUUUUUUAUUUUUAUAUAUGGGUUGUCCAUAGAAGCUGAAUCUCGAAUAAAGCAAAUCCAGGCAUGUCCAAUUCCAAUUUCUUUAAUAUUUGAUUUUUAUGUAUCUGAAGUUUAUUCAUUUCUUCAUUAGUGAAACGCAGAACGAAAGAAAAAUUUAUUGAUGAA